AUGGCCGCUCUGUCAAACGGGGGGUUUAUCUUUAUUGGCGCGAAGAGGCAGUUGCUCCUGCUAGAGAAGGGUACACACCAGGAGGCGCAAAUCGUAUACGGAGGCGAGGUUGCCGCCUUUGCCUGUCGGGAGGAUGAGAGCAUAGUAGCGUUGGCGUUCCCACCCUCACCCGGCCAGGAUCGAUGUGUCGUUCGCUUGUACACCUUUGCGGAGAAUGAGCUUGGUGAGGCCUUGGGUGAGGUGAUGAACGCGCAGGUGACACAGUUGCUUUGGGUGGGGUUGAAGCACCUUGUGCUCUGCGGCCCUGCCGGGUGCACAAUAUACGUCUGGAACGGUGAAAAGCUCAGUUUUUUUGUCUCUGAUCCCGCCACCCACUCCUUCCUGCAGGGGACGCGUCUGGGGCUUUUCUACGGGGCGACACAAAGCGUGCAGUACUGGAACCUGGAUACGAACCGAAUGGUAGACUCUGUCAAGCUAUCUUUGCAGGGCCGUCGUUUGCUCGCCGCCGUCGGUGUAGGCUACUUUGGGUUUGCGCUCCACGACGAUGGGUCUGUGCAGGUGUUUUACGUGACCAAGAGCAACAUCAAGAAGAUUGGCCUCCUUAGCCGUCUUCUCACCGUUUCCCAGGAGGAGGACCGCGAGAAGAGUGGCGCAGCAUCGCCUCUGCUGGCGUGCGCACUUUCGUCCCGCAAGGUGCUCGUGGGACUGCGCGGCGCUGACACUGUCCACAAGCUGGAGUACCGGAACGAAAAGGUGGUGGUGGACAGCAUGCAGGAGAAGCUUCCGUCCCCCCACGUGCUUGUGGCAAUCUCACGUGACGGCCGCCGUUGCCUGGCACUCAACACGGAAACCAACAGGUGCCACGCCUUAGUACUGAGCUUUAGCGGUUCGCGGGAGGCGACUGCGGAAGCGCGGGAUAAAAAUAAAUCCCGCGUGACGUCCGAGAAGAAUGGAAGCAACGGCGCCGCAACGCUGGCGUCUGUGAAGGAAAAACGACAUGUGGCCUCCUCCGCUGAUGAGGGGCCCGCUGUGUCGCCUGUGAAGGCGAGGGAGGCAGCGGCGAGGAGGUCGAAGGUGGACCGCAGCACAGAGGGGACUGGGGCACCCAAGAAGGGCGUUGCCAGCGGGGUGACACUGACGGCUGUUGGGUGCGCUGCACUGGCGCUCUUCGUGCUGGCGCGGCGUGUCUUGUCUCGGCAGCGGUAG